GGGGCCGCGGGGCGCCGCGAUGGCUUGACGCCGGGCCGCGGCGUGCCGUGCCGUGCCGUGCCGUGCCGUGCCGUGGAGGGGAUGACACGCUUCGUGGCGGCCGCGGCGCGGUGGCGGCCGGCGCUGCCCGCCCUGCUGCCGCUGCUGCUGGCCGUGCCGGCGCUGCGGGGCUCGCCCGCCCCAGAUGAGAGAUCCUUGGAGCAGCAAAAUUUUUCCUUUUUCUCAAUGGACUCCAAGAUGCACCAAAGCAUAUCAGGCAGCAGGACACAAAUGGCCUUAGCAAAAAGUACUUUGGAGUCCCGAGAAAGUAAUUUCCUUCAAACGGUUUUAUCACCAGUUACCACUCCCUUUGAUGUGACUUUAUUUGACGAAGAAGAAAUGAUCAGGAUUUCAGAAGGGAGAAGUACACCGUUGGUAGAUGUCUCCGUUACAAGCAAUGAGGCAUUCUUAAGUGAUGAUGAAUUUAUCAGCUCAUUCCCAAAGGCACAGUGGACUCCUCCACUGAAGUCUUUUGCCGUUUUAACAGAUCAUCGCUCAGCUAAUACAGUAGAGCAGCCAAGAGAAAUGUUAGAAACUGCGUUGCUAACACCUUCAUUACCUGUCCUUUUUUCACCAUACGGUAUCUCAAAACCAGCACAGCAAAAGACUCCGUUGAGCACUGUCCCUGAACGCAGCGAUGCUCUUACAGAAUUCAGCCUUUUUGUACCAGACAGUGAAAUGCCAACAGCAAGCAGAGACUUGCUGCUGGACCCUCCAAACACAGCUGUUUAUUUCACUUCCAUUCCUUCAGAGGCAGGAGUUGCAGUGUGGGAAAACAUAAAUGCAAGUUCAACAGCUCUGUCUUCAGAGGCUGCUUCAGAGGGGCUGCCUCUUCCUCUCAAGCUGCCGGAUGAAGCUCGCCCCGUGACCCCGGAUGCCACAGCACAACGUGCAGACCCGUAUGGUGACGUUUACACCGAUGUGAGCAGCAGGGCAGCAGAAACUCUCAGUGUAAGGACCUACCCUGCUCCAAGCAUUCCCUCGGCCACGCCGCCCUCAGCAGCCGGUGCUGAGCACGGGGUGUUUCCUAUUAGUCUUCCACUUGCGUCUUUCCCGCUUCGCUCGGCUACCAUUUCCACAGACUCUAAUACGGUUCUUAAUGCCAGCCUGUUUACACACGAAUUCUCCAGGGCAGCACCAGAUUUGCCUGCUGGUUCAGAAAUACCAACUCAGUUGGAGCUUGUCGGUGAGCUCACGAGCCCAGUGCCUUUCACGAGAUCGUACAGUUCUUGUCUGUAUUGUGACUCAGUUUCCCUUCUGCCAGAAGCAGGCUUUUCCCCCGAACCUGAUGGCUCAGGUGAUGAUGCUGAGACUUUGUCCAUCAAGGCCUCUGAAAUACAAGGCAUAACUCCAUUUACAACUAUAAUUACCGAUGGGUAUGAAUUGGAGGAGCCUGCAACACCUGAGAUUUUUGACACUUCUUUUCCAUCAAGACCAGUUGUUUCAUUUUCUUCAAAAUUUGCAGAAAUCCCUGAUUCGGGCAUGUUUUUAUUAAGCACUACGGACACCGUCCUGACCGCCAGAAUACCUGUAACAGUUUCUUCUUCCUACCAUCAGCUUCCCGAAGGAACAUCACUGGACGUCUCUGUUGCCCAGUUUUCCCUCCCUGUUCUGGAAACGCUCUCACUGACACCAAGCGCUCACGCGGAACUUCCCGGUGCCACCACCGCCCCGUUGGGCUCUGCCUUCGCCCCGGGCGGGCCGGUAGCAUCGCUGGCAGUCAGUCACACAGCUUUGCCGCAGCUGCCAGAAUUAAUGCCAUCAGAAUCCGUGGUUUGGCCUGACAAGACAUCUACAGGGGAGGAGCCGCCUUUAAAUAUUUCAGAUUUUCCAUCCCAUCUUCCAUCAACACCAUUUCUUAUUGAGCCGAGCUACUUGUCUUUAUCACCGGCCACGCUAAAGUCUUACUUUGUCAUGCAGAGUGAUUUAUCAACACUCUUACCUCAGACCUUGCUGACUGGGACGCCAGUACUUUCUGAGGAUGUUUCCAGCUGGAAUUUAGCUACCACCGUCAGCUCUGCCACUGGCGCCGAGGCUCCCUGGUUCCCUCUCAGCCGAACACCAUACUUUCACUCAAACGCAUCCUCCCUUCCAGGUGCGCGCGUUCCUGAAAUCACGCCGCCGUCGGGUUUUCACUCCGAGCCGUCCGUGUUUCUGGGAGCACCCCCGGUUUCGCCAGCGGGCUCUGCAGUUGUGUUUGCCUCGGCUGCCGCGGGAGCCACCUCCCAGUCGGAGACUUCUCUCUCCCCCUCUCGCUCCGCGGCCCCUGCCCCGGCGCUGCCCGCUUCCGACACCCCGCCCGCUACCCGCGGCGCCUCGCUCGGCGCAACGGCGCUGAGCUCGUCGUUGACGACCUUGCCAGCCUCUCCCCUCUUCGGCGCGCCUUCCUCCCUGCUCUCAACCGCUCCGGCUUCUGAGGAGGGUGCGGGUGCCACGGUCACCCCCACGCUGCUGGUUAACCACACCGCCCUGCCUCCCGCGGACCCCGGCAGCCCGGCAGCGCCUGCCGGCGCCAGCAGCGCCGCGGCGCCGGUCCCCGCAGCACCCCCGUCCGCCACCGCCUCGGCGGCCCCCACCGCCGUGGGCAGCCGGGGGACCUUGCCCCCCACCCCUCCGGUGGCAGCCACUCCAGCUGCACCGGUGGCCGUCACCUCUGCUGUGGCCACUACCAGGCGACCCUACGUCUGCGACAUCACGGCUCCCGAUGCUUACUUAGUCACCGCGGUGCUGGCCCGAAGAGCUGUUCUACAAAAUGUCAGUGAAUCCAUCAGAGAAGUGCUCCGAGUUCAGUUCAAGAGAUCGGUGGAGAUAGAGGUUUAUAAAAUUUCCCCCAAAUUUGCUUUCUUGGUGACAUCAGGUCCUUUUGUUUACACGGCAGUAGCUGUCAUAAAUGUGCUUGUGAACAGCAGCCUUCUUCGUGGUGAGGCCCCCAUGAUCCUCUCGUUGCAUCCAUCUUUUACUGUGCCAGAUAACAGAUUCCAAGUUCAGACAGUGCUUCAGUUUGUCCCUCGGAAUGUGGAUGUUGGGUUCUGCAACUUUAGCCGGCGCAUUGAGAAAGGGCUGAGAACAGCUUUCAUGGAGGUGAGCAAACACCAGGAAUUCUACAACUUCACUGUGCAGAUACUGAAUAUAACUCUGAGUAGGCCUGGGAUAGCGUUUCGUCAAGGACCCGUAAGCAUUGUUUUUGCUGUCCGAAAUAGAUACGGUUUUCUAAAUGGGUCCGAAGUCAGUGAGCAGCUAAGAAACUUGUCUGUGGUGGAAUUCAGCUUCUACCUGGGCUUUCCUGUGCAGCAGAUUGCUGAACCCUUUCAUUAUCCUAAGCUUAAUGUGUCUCGGUUGAUGAAAUCUUCCUGGGUGAGAACAGUUCUCUUGGGUGUCGUCGACCAGCGAAUUAAGGAGGAAGUGUUUCAGGCUGAGAUGGAACGCAAGCUAGCUCACCUGUUAAACGAGGCUUUGGUCAGAGGGCGGAUAUGGAGACGAGCCAGUUUGGCAGGCAGCAACAUUGUGCAGAUUGUGAACGUGUCACGGUUAGUUGGUGUUGAUAACCCUGUGGAGCUGAUCUAUUUUGUGGAGGACCAAGGUGGAGAGAGACUCAGUGCUCUGAAGUGCUCCGACCUGAUGAACAGAGUUGAUAUCCAGCGGGCUGCAAUCAUCCUUGGGUACCGCAUUGAAGGCACCGUUGCACAGCCUGUGGAGAAGCUGAAGGAGCCCACCUCAGAGUCACAGAAUAGCAACCUGUGGAUCAUUGUUGGUGUGGCAGUCCCAGUGGCUGUGGUGCUCCUGAUCGUUAUUAUUUUAUACUGGAAACUUUGUCGAACAGACAAGCUGGAGUUUCAGCCAGACACGAUAAGCAACAUUCAGCAGCGACAGAAGCUACAAGCCCCCAGUGUGAAAGGCUUUGAUUUUGCUAAGCAGCAUCUGGGCCAGCACAAUAAAGAUGAUGUCCUGAUUAUCCAUGAGCCAGCUCCUUUACCAGGACCUAUUAAGGAUACUACACCAUCUGAAAAUGGAGAGGUACCCAGCCCCAAAUCCAAGACUUCCUCAAAGCCUUCAAAGACUGUUCGACACAGAGGGAGAGUUUCACCAUCAGAUCCUGACUCUACAGCAAGUGAACAAUCCAGCGAGAGAGAGACAGGAGAAGAAACUGCAAGACAAUCAGCUGCUGCAAAUGAGGGCAAACCACACAGAGCAGUAAAGAAGGGACCUCCUCAGACCAGCAGUGGAAAUGAGCAGCACUCCUCAGCCUCUAUCUUUGAACAUGUGGAUAGGAUGUCGCGUUCCUCAGACGCCAGCAGACAGGUCCCGAGCAAGAUCCAGCUGAUUGCUAUGCAGCCGAUGGCAGCGCCUCCGGUUCAGAACUCCCUGCUUUCUGAUCGAGUAGCGGAGACCAACAAGAUUAAUAAAGAGAUCCAAACAGCCCUGAGGCAUAAAUCUGAGAUUGAGCAUCACCGCAAUAAGAUUCGUCUUCGCGCCAAGCGCAAAGGGCACUAUGAAUUUCCAGUGGUGGAUGAUGUGGUGGUGGUUGACUCCAAAGAACAGCACAGAAUAUAUCGCAAGGCACAGAUGCAGAUUGACAAGAUCUUGGACCCUGGAGGCAGUGUGCCUACUGUCUUCAUAGAGCCCAGGAAGAGUUCUCGUGCAAAACGUUCUCCCAAGCAGCGCCGGCGACAUCAGAUAAAUGGGAGUCCGAUUGAUGCAGAAAAGGACAGGUUAAUCACAACUGACAGUGAUGGGACAUACAAAAGGCCUCCAGGAGUCAAUAAUUCUGCAUAUAUUUCUGAUCCAGACUUGCCUCCUGAACCUCAGACGUCAUCUUCAGCUGAUCUGGGGAAGUUCCCUGGCUUGCCUUCCCACCCCGUCUCCCAGUACGUCCCCCCGCAGCCGUCCAUUGAAGAGGCGCGGCAGACCAUGCACUCGCUGCUGGAUGAUGCCUUUGCGCUGGUGGCUCCCAGCAGCCAGGCAGCCAAUUCCACGGCCGUCACACCCCCCGGGGUCUCUGCAGGACAGCCGAGAUACGUGGAAUUUGGAAUGACUCCACCAACUGCACCAGGUCUCCUACCAAGGCAGAACUUUGGGCCAGGUUUUAUUCAACCUGCAGAGUUAAUGCACCCAGACCAGCAGCCACCUGAGGUUCAGUAUUCCUCCAGAGGGAUGUACUCAGAGGAAAUGCCAUCGGUGGCACGGCCACGACCAGUUGGAAGCACUGCAGACGCAUAUGCAUGGACACCAAGAAUAUUCCUCCUCACCAGCAUUCCAGAUGCCGAGGACUUCAGCCAGGCAGCCUUCAGCACCCCCUGCUCAGCUUCCACACAACAGCCUUCAGGGCCAGGGCCUUUGCUACACCACCAGUUCCACUGAGGACCUCCAGCCAGGUCACUCUUCAGCCUCUCUUAUCAAAGCAAUUAGAGAAGAACUUCUACGACUUUCUCAGAAACAGACAACAGUGCAGAACUUCCACAGUUGAUUUAGCAUUCCCUUGCAAAUCUGCCGGGUAUCUGCUUCCUAUGGAAGCAAAGACUUAGAGGAAAUCAGCAACGUUCAAAAGAAUGAACUUUCACAGCUCUGUCGGCAGCGCUCUGGAAAAAAAGGAAAAAGGCAGCACAAUGAGGAUAGUAAGGAGGGAUGGGGGACAAACAGGGAAAAUCAUCAGUGUCAUCACAAGUAAUAUUAAUUCAUCUGCUGAUAUUACGGUGCUCCUCUUCUCUCCCUACCCUCAUUCAGCCUAACAAAUAAAUAAAACCUGAGGUCAAGAAGUCAACACUCCAGCAACAAAAAAAAAAAAAUCACAGGAACGAACUCCAGGUAUGAUAGACUCCUUUUUCUAAGGAAGUAGGCGAAGGUUUGAAUAAACUGAGGUGACACUUGGCAAGAGGUUACAAGUAUUCUGAUCUCUCCAGUGCUUAUGGGGAACUGGUUUGAGUUGUUGUUCUGCAAGAUUACAAACUCUGUCAGCUCAAGGGUGUUGAAGGUGGGAUCGCACCCACAUAGGAAUCACUUCGGUUGUCAGGAACAAUUGGACUACUUAGAAUAAAAAUCUUCAUGAGCUACUUGUAACGAACUAGAACAAUAAUUGUUAUAGCUCUGUGCUUCCAAAUGGAGCUACUCUCUGCACUCUUCCUUGUUUUCCUUCUGGUGCUGAAGCUUCAAGUGUUCCUUCAUCUUCAAUGUUCGCAAAGUGAAACAUUGGCCUUGUAUAACUAAGAAGAUAUCUGUAGACUCAUUCAGGCUGGAAAAACAAAGCAAAGCAUCCAAACAGAAAGGGCUUAGUAUUUAUUUUGUUUAAAAAUCAUUGAAAACUAGGUGAAAAAUACUCCGCCACAGUUGAAUUUGGGGAAACGUGUGUGUAUGUCUUUAAAAAAUUUUUUUACAUACUGUCUGCUCUUGCAAGACCAGCGAUAAGGUAUUGCCACUCUGUGGUUUGCUUUGUGGACAGAAACCGAUCCAGCCUGACCGGUACAGGGUCACCAGCAUUACGUUAGAAAUUGAUGUCCUAAAUCAUUGCUUACGUUUGGAUCUGAAUAAUUUUAGUGAAAGUCAGUGACAGUUUAGAGCAUUAACAUAGGCUUAGAUUUGCAGUUUUGAGACAGUUUCUAUAUUUAUACUUGUUUCCACUGUCCCUUUGGACAAAGGGUAAGCAUUAUCCCCAUGGUAAGAAUGGUACGUGCCAUGGAACUGUUUGUCGCUGUUUUUUCCAGAGUUUUAAUUUAAUAUUAGCUACGAAUUUACUAAUAUUUGGCCAUUGCAUAACUGUAACUGACAUAAUACACGCGGAAAUUUUACUUAAGUCAUGAUUUGUUGGAGUGUUUUUAUUUUCAGGUCAGACUGAACUAAAGCUAACAAACUGGCACAGCAGUAGAGGAUAAGCUCAGUGUUUGUGAGGAGGCUUGGGAGCCUCGCCCUGGAAAAAUGAAAAGCAAAACUACUUGGUGCUACAGUGUGGGUAUGUCAAACACUAGCAGGUGGUAGUUGUGAAAAGGUCUAAGGAACAGCAGGCUGCCAAAGAGAUCGCCGGGCACUUGAUCAGGGUAGGGCUGGGUUUGCCUGGUUUACUGGGGUAGAAACGGCACUGGUAAAAUACAGGUGCGGAAUGCUGGUGUGGUGUGGUGGUCUUUGGCUGCCAAACCUGUUCCUGGUUCCAGUGCCCAGCUCAGUAACUGUGACAGGACUCACUCAGACUCAAAUGAAAACAGGUAGGAGGAUGCCAUGGAAGAACGUUGUGUACCUUGUUCAUGAAGUGUGUACAGAACAUUCCUUGCCAGUGCCAGGAGUGGGAAGCAACUGUGUCCUCACUGAUUUGGGAAAAAAAAAGUGGGAUGUUUCCCCUCUUUAUUAGGAAGCUCAGUUAUUUUUCUGUUUGCCCAUGGUCAUCAAAAGGCUGUAUGAAAUUGUUUUGAGGGACUGACUGUAGUAAAGUAGUCUAAAUUAAUUUCCAGUUCCCUGGCCAAUACUUAAAGCCCUCGUGGGCACUGGUUGAGGUUUGAAUGGAGUCGGAACACCAGCAUGGUUGUGAACAGCAGCACCAACAGGUCAUUAUGUUCUGAAUUUUUUAAGCUUUUUGUUUGAUAAUCACUUCUGGGAUAAAAAUAAAGAAACGUUUCUUUUCUGCCAAGUUUGUAAAUGUGAAUGCUGCCAAUACUUCUGCAAAAUGUCAGGUUUUGCAGAAUGAAGAAUGUGUCAGGCAAUGUUAAUUUGGUCUUUUUGACAAUGCUGAAGGCUUGCUGUUCCUAAGCAUUCCCAUUGAAACCAUCUCUCAGAGCCCACAUCCUUCUCCAGCUUAAUUCUGCAGUGAUGUCAGAGGCCAGUGCUUAUAAUAUUAGCACGUUACUGUGACUUCAAGAAAAUGUGGGCUUCUAGAAAGUAAGUUCAUUGUCUGGUUGCUGGUUCCAGCUAUUUAAGAAGGAAUAUGAAACAGCAGCUUUGAAAAUUAGAGGUACUUAAGCCAUUUCUCAUUCACUUUUGCUAGUAAUGGCAAUGCUAUUGUGAGAUUCCAUUUUUUCUUAUGUUUGGAAGAGUAUCCCUUUUCAGUCCCAAAUCUUACAAAGAACACAGGACACGGGAUAAAUAUGCACUGAUAAACAAAAGAGGCUUUCUGAUGCAAAAAUCCCUCUUCAAAACCUUGCAAGUUCACAGGGCAGGACAGUAAAAUAUAAAACAUCGGAAAGCUAUGCUUGGAAGUUACAUUCUCAGACUGGCUGGAGACCUGAUCCACUCUUCACAAAAAAUGAUACGGCGUAGUCUGCAUCUUCAUAUAGUAAGAAAAGUCACACGUAAGGCACCAGGCCAAGAUGAUCUUAACAAGGAAGACCCACACUUUUCUUUCUGCAGCUACAGGGAAAGCUGGGGUUUUCAUGUGCUACGAAAGGACUCUGGAAUGCGUGUGCCAAAAUGUGUGUUUCCACUUGGGAAUUCAGGGGGGGUGGAAAGAAAAAAAAAAAAAUCUGUAAGCUUCUGCAUCCCCUUGUGCUUCAGCUCUGUUGCCAAUUUUUUUUUACUGCCCUAUUAAAGGGGGGGGGGGGGGACCCAAACCUUUUUUUCUGAAACUUAAAGUAUCCUGAAUUUAAGUAUCCGUUAAUGCAUAUAAUGGUUUCUGAAAACACUAAUCAGACGAGAAGUUGGUGCAGGCACAGAAAGCUGUUACCAACAGCUACAUCCAUUUACAUGACUAAACCAUCUGGUUCAUGGAAUCCUCGGGCUCUUCUCUUUGUUCACAAUUUUCCUUGACAUUUGUGUUUAGUCUGUGUUUAGUUUGGCGUAGAGAAGAACUUGGCGAGAUGAGAGCUACAUAAUUUAGCUUGGUUUGCUUUUCUUUUUCACGGCCAAAAUGUUGACCCCUAGCCUGCUUCUUGAUUAUCUUUGGAGCUAAGUGAAAUUUUAUAAUUGUUUUUCAUCCACCCAAUUUCAAAGGCAGGGCACACUUGAGUACUAUAAAAUAUUCUCUACCAGGAUGUAACACAUGGCCCUGUCGGUGACUGUGGGCAUGUGACCCAGGAAAGAAAACCUUGCUUUUAGGACUAGUGAAUUGCAUGGGUGCUGGACUCACAAUGUUAAAUAUUUGCACUUUGGAGCAGUAAAUGGAAUUUCGCUGACCCUUUGCAAUGUACUGUACUUGCAGUGGUUUGGAGCAGGCUUCAUAUGUAGUGGUUGGAGAGCAGCAGCAUCACACAAGGUCUGUACAUCACCUCUGCACCCAAAGAAGUGGUUGGCGAGAUGUUGGCCACCCCAUUAUCGUGCACACACAUAAAUACCUAAAUAAUCACCCAAAAGUGGAUGUUCCUACCAAUUGCUGAAGCCAGUGCCUUUCAGUUAGACCACUGACAGCAGGGUUGCAGUGUUAUUUUAGAAAGAGGCUGUUCACAGGGAUCAUAACUUCCCAAGAGCCAAAACAGCUGACACUGUUGUGUGUUAACUCAAGGCCUGAGAACACAUUGAGAUGGAUUAUACAAGGAAGCUGGUGUGUAUCCAAGCCCAAGUGAAGUCACCACUUUUGUGGCGUGGAUGGCAGUAGCUGGUUGAUCUAAUUUUUAUACUCUUACCCUCACUACAUUCUCAACUUUUCCAGCUUUAACAAUUUCCCAGCCGGGAAGAAAUGGGCAUUUCACAUUCCAUGCCUUACCUAGCAGUUCUUUGUUAACUGGUGCUCAUCCCUGAGAAAAACGUACCUUGGCCAAGGGGUUUGAAGUGUCAGGACGAAGAACAUUUCUGACUUUGAGGUGGGAACAUGUUGUGGGCCAUGUAUUUGCAGCAGAGAAGAAAUAAAUGGAAUUUUUUUGGAAAAUAACACCUGUUUGGUGUUUUCUAAUUAUGGACAUAAAGCUGAAAAUGGGUUAAAGGAAAAAAGGAUGACAUCGGAUUGUCAGAAGGCAAAGGACAGUACCCAGGUCUCCAGAACCACCUGUGACAUUGCACUAAAAAGAGAGAAAAUCCUGGGGACCCCCCCUGCCCCCCCGCAACCCCCACUUAAUGUGCAGUCCUUUGCUGGUCUGUGCAAAUGGUCUGCACUUCUCCCAUCAGCAGGACUCCCAAAAGCAGUUCACCGGGGCUUCUCCAAGACUGUUUAGAUGUGCCUGGAGAAAAGUCGCAGCUUUAAAGUGCUUAAAUGUUGAAAUAAGGAUCCAGGUCCCUUUUGCAGUGGGCAUCUUUUCCCUCUUCUGUUACAUUCCAUUUAAAAAUGGGGGGAGAAACCCUGGGAAUGUACUCUACUGUCACCAGUCCGCUGUCAUUCGUGUAUUGCACUACCUGUAGAUCCUAAAUACUGAGGGAGCAGAAAUUCGGAAUUGACAGGUUUUGGCAAUUCUGAUGAAAAUUCGCUGUAGUUUUGCAGUAUUUUGGUGUGAGUGUGCCUGAAAAGUCAGGCAUCGGUUUUAGUGAGUGUCCCUGGAGAUGCAGCCUAUGGCAGAAGCAGGACUGUAAAAACUGCCUGGAUCUCUGACCCUAAUUCAGCGAGGGCAGAACAAGCUCAGCUUGCGACGGCUCGCACCGAUAGGAUCGCUAGUUCAGAUCCAAAUGCUGGUCUGCAUAUUGUCCCCGCGCCUGCAUGACUUCCACUGGAAACCGUUUAGUUGCAUGUGUGCUUUGGAAGGAGAAUUUAUCCUACAAAUUCUUUCGUGCAGUUUGGGAUGCACUGGGCAAGAUGUGUCUAGCUUGACGUGCAAGUCCCUGGGUGAGUUUUCUCACCCUGCGAGUAAGAAACUUGAGAAGCGAAAGAUGUUGUGGAGUUGCACUGCCUUUUUAAAGAGACUUUUCUGGAGUAGAGCUGCAGUCCUGUGAAUCCCACUGAAGACUGAUAGAUGGAAAAAAAAGCUACGUUAGUACUAGAAAAAUACACAUUUCUUUGCACUUAAUAGUUUGUAGAGCUGGAAUGUUUUGUCUUGAUUUUGUGUUACUUUUUCUUGAUACUCUUUACAUUUAAAGUAUGUAUUUUCCUUUGUAAUGGCUACUCCUGUUUAGUUUUGAGUAGUUCAUAACUGGAAGUUUAUGUUUAGGCUGUUACAUCUUGCCUUAAUCAGAAUAAAAUGUUGACACAUUUGAA